AUGUCUACGCUGGAUUUGGAGAUGCUUUCUGGCAAGACAAAUGGCAAGGAAAUCAUAAUUCCUAUGGAUGUCGCGUCGGAAUUGGAAAUGUUCACAAAGAAGAUUUUGCAUGUAGUCACAGUACUAAGGUUGAACUUUCUUGAACCGGGCCAUAAAAGGUGCUCCAAAGCCUGCAAUACGGUCGUUACCGCAAUGAUGUUCGGAUUAGCAUGCUACAGUUUGGCCUAUACUACAUACAUCACACUAAAUCUUACCCAUUCUCCUAUGGUGAUGUCCUCGAAGUUGCUGCUGAUAGCUUGGGCGGUCCAGUCCAUCGUUUCCUUGGCAAGUUAA